UCAUCAACGUGCUACGUACACCAGGAAGUACCAGCGGGAGACGCUGAAAGAUUGCACCGUUCGUGCUAAAAAUGAGUGACAUGUGAACACAAACUCAGCCUUUAAAGUCGCAUCGCGUUGUGUGUAACUUAUCGAAGAUGGGCGAAAGUGAAAAGCAGAAGGACCCCGCAGCCCUGAAGGAGGAGGGGAACAGCCUCUUCAAGGCGGGAGACAUGCAGGGCGCUGCCUGCUGCUACACCCAAGCGCUGAAGCUGAGCGACAGCCCGGCAGACAGCGCUGUGCUGCACCGCAACAGAUCCGCCUGCUACCUUAAACUGGAGGAGUACAGCAAGGCGGAGGCUGAUGCCUCCAAAGCUCUCGACACAGACCCGGGCGACGUGAAAGCCCGGUUUCGGCGAGCUCAGGCCUACGAGAAGCUCGGGCGGCUCGACCAGGCUUUCCUGGAUGCUCAGAGAUGUGCCCAGCUGGAGCCCAAAAACCGAGCCUUCCAGGAUCUGCUCAGACAGCUGGGAGCACAGAUCCAGCUGCAGUCGGCACAACUAAACUCCACAGAUGCUCGUGUGCAGCAGAUGUUCUCCGUCCUCUUAGAUUCCUCUUCUAAAGACUCCGAUCGACAGAAGGCAGCUCAGAAUUUGGUGGUAUUGUCCCGAGAUGAGGGAGGAGCCGAGCAGAUCUUCCGCAACGACGGAGUGAAGCUGAUCCAGAAACUCCUCCUGUCAAAGCAGGAGGAUGUUGUCCUUUCUGCUCUCAGGACAUUAGUGGGCUUGUGCACAGGACAUCAGUCAAGAACUAUGGCUAUCGUGAACGAGUUGGGGAUGGACCAGCUGUGUGCUGUAAUGGGGUCAGGAGCCUCCGCUGUGUCUCUGGCCGCCUGCCACCUGCUGCAGGUGAUGUUUGAGGCUCUGACAGAGGGCAUGAAACGAGAGAUCAGAGGCAAAGAUGAAGCCAUACUUCCCGAACCGUCCAAGGAGCUGCGUUCGAUGCUGCGUCACCUCUUGGAAAUGAUCCCGGCACCUAACGUGUCAGGGCCCGGCAGAGACAGCGCCAUCAACCUCCUGGUCAAGCAAGUGCCCCGCAAGUCCUUGAAGAACCCCGACAACUCCCUGGCGUUGUGGGUGAUAGACCAGGGGCUGAAGAAAAUGCUGCAGGUGGCUGGGACCGUGGCUGAGCUCUCCGAGGGACCGCCUCUUACGGAAAACACUCACAUGAGCUGCUCUGUGCUGCUCAGCAAACUCUACGACGACCUCAAGAGUGACAAAGAGAGAGAAAACUUCCAUAAACUUUGUGAAGAAUAUGUGCAGGAACACUUCCGGCGACCCGGCCUCGAUGGCAAACUGCGCGCCAUCCAGACCGUCUCUGUGCUCCUCCAAGGGCCGAGCGACGUGGGCAACAUCACCCUGGAAACGGCGGGUAUGAUGGACGCCGUCAUCUCUCUCUGCGCCUCAGAAGACGUGACUCACCAACAGGUCGCCGUGGAGGCGCUCAUCCACGCCGCGGGCAAGGCCAAGAGGGCCUCUUUCAUCACCGCCAACGGCGUGGCGCUCCUGAAGGACCUCUACAAGAAGAGCGAGAACGACAGGAUACGCGUGAGAGCUCUUGUGGGCUUGUGUAAGCUCGGGUCGGCGGGAGGCACGGAUUUCAGCAUGAAGCAGUUCGCAGAGGGAUCCACGCUCAAGCUCGCCAAGCAGUGCAGGAAGUGGUUGUGUAACGAGUCUCUUCCCCCAGCGUCCCGUCGCUGGUCUGUGGAAGGCCUCGCCUACCUCACUUUCGAUGCCGACGUGAAGGAGGACCUAGUGGAAGACAAAAAUGCUCUCCUGGCCAUGUUUGACCUGGCAAAGUCUGAGGAUAAGACGGUGCUCUUUGCCGUGGGCUCCACAUUAGUAAAUUGCACCAACAGCUACGAUGUGGAGAAACCAGACCCUCAGCUGGUGGAGCUGGCCAAGUAUGCAAAGCAGCACGUGCCUGAGGAGCAUCCCAAGGAUGCUCCGACCUAUGUGGAAAAAAGGCUAGUUAAGCUCCUGGAAGCUGGCGUCGUGUCGGCGUUGGUGUGUAUGGUCAAGCAGGAGAGCCCUGCCCUCACUGAGGCUUGUAGAGAAUUCAUUGCCAGGGUGUUCCUGGCUCUGGUUGAGCGACAGGAAGACAGAGGUACCGUGGUGGCCCAAGGUGGAGGAAAGGCUUUGAUCCCCCUCGGAACUGAAAACACAAAGAUAGGAAAGGUCAAAGCUGCACAGGCCCUGGCAAAAAUAGCCAUCACGUCUAACCCAGAGAUCGCCUUUCCGGGAGAGAGGGUCUACGAGGUGGUGCGGCCACUCGUGAACCUUUUGAAUCUGGAGUGCACCUUGCUGCAGAACUUUGAAUCUCUGAUGGCUCUCACCAACUUGGCCGGCAUCAGCGAAAGACUCAGGCAAAAGAUCAUCAAGGAAAAAGCUUUAUCAAAGAUUGAAAGCUACAUGUUUGAGGAGAACGAGAUGGUUCGAGCUGCUGCCACGGAGUGCAUGUGUAAUUUGGUUUUAAGUACAGAGGUGCAGAAGCUUUUCGUGGCCACGGGGAACGAUCGCCUGAAGCUUCUCGUGCUUUACUGCGGGGAAGAGGAUGAAAGGCUGCGGAAAGCCGCUGCAGGCACCCUGGCCAUGUUGACCGCCGAACAGCCGGAGAUCUGCACUCGAAUCCCUGGAACUACAACCCACUGGCUCGAGAUUUUCCAGGCCCUGCUGCUUAGUGAAAUAAUCGACCUGCGUCACCGCGGCGUGGUCAUAGUGCAGAAUAUGAUGCAGGCGGAGAAAGGUCUGGCUGAGACGCUUAUGGAGAGUGAAGUUUUGGAAAUACUGUCUGUCCUUGCAAAGCAAAGAGAGGGCACACCAGAUCCUGCCGCCAAGGUUGCUCAGAACUGUUUGGAUAAAGCGAUGGAGUACGGCAUCAUCCGAAGCAGGGAAGACGGAAUAGAAAAGGGCAGAGGAACUGAGCCCUGAAAAACACAGCUACAGUGCCUUUUGGGGGUCUUAAGUAGUUUGGGGGGGAAUCAUGUGGUGAAAAGUGAAGAUAUUUAGAUUUUUUUUCCAGCAGUGAGUUCUUAACAUUAUCUGAAUUAUCUUAUUUGAACAAAAAAUGAUUUAAAAGCAAUAAGAUUCUAUGAAAUAGGUUAUACGAUUUCAGCACAGAAGAUAUGUGGUCACAAAUAACCUUUUCUAGACAUUCUGUGACAUGUUGUCAAUAUCCAGCAGGAUUACUGUACCAAAGCUCCCUUUAGAGCAUCUUUAUUUGCAUAUAAUUCCUCUCAUUUCAUGUUGAAGAUGUAAAUUGCAAAAAUUCAUGCAAUCCUUGCACAAAUCUGUUCUGCUUACAACAGAAAACUGAGUUUAGACUGUUAUUUUACAAUUCCUUUUUCAAUUCGCAGAUAAAAUGUGUUUAGGGUAAGUCUUGACGUCUACCGAUGUAAUCUGGGUUAUAUAACGGCUAACCAGCUGAAUGACACUCCAGUAAUUCUCCAUUACAUAUUAGGACCAUAAUCCAGUUCUGUUGGGUCUAAUUGUUUGCACAUUCCUACUAUAUAUAUAUAUAUAUAUAUAUAUAUAUAUAUAUAUAUAUAUAUAUAUAUAUAUAUAUAUAUAUAUAUUGAUGCUAAAGCACAUGGAGAAAAAAAAUCCCAUUUUGAUAGGAUCUGGGUUAAUUCGAUACUGAUGCUGUUUUCCAAAAAGGGCACAUUUUUCUUGACCUAUAUGGCUGAUCCUUACAAAAUGUCUGUCCCUUGUUUAUUGAUCUAAACUAUGUUUUAUCCACAUAAAAUAUAUGGUUUGUUUUUCAAAAUCUUUAUUAGAAAUGUAUUAUUUUGCACCAGCUGAAAUUAUCUUGUACUUUUGUUUUCAGUUUUGUCACUCCACUACAUUCCUGGUGUGUUUAGUAUUUUAUCAUUUAUACUACAGACGUGGGAAGAUGAAAAUAAACGUAACGUGCAA